AUGACCUCCGUGCCCCAUCUGGAUUGCGAACGAUCCACAAGCUGGAACCUGGCCCAGCGACAGGCUUUUAGUGCUAGAAACCAACGAAAAAUACGACACGUGCAAGCAAUAUUGGUGAGGAACCUCAAAUUACCUGCAAAUGUGUCCGGCAAGGAUCCCCGAUUACUGAGAUUGAAGACAAAAUCCACUGUGAAUAUGGCCAACGGUGCAAGUACUCAGAACAAUAAGGUCAAGACAUUGAGUCGGGUGGGAGAUUUGAUUCAAUUGUCUCGAAACGAGGAGUUUUCAAGCCAAGACAAGGUUCAACUAGGAAGUGAUCCUGUGGAGCGUCAGCUGGAGAUUCAGGCAAUCAACAAGCGCAUGUUUCUGGAGUGCUUUUUCACAGUUAACCAUUUUUUAGAUACGAAAACCCCAUUUUAUAUUAGUCGAGUUUUCUCUGACUCGGUCCAUAUUUGCGACGAUAUACAACUUUCCAGUUUAUCUCUCAAAUCAUUCACUAUCAACCUUUACGCCAAAAUAGACACUGAUUGGAAAUUGUUGGUACGUUACAAUGUGAAACUUUCAUUUUUGGUCAAUCUCGGUAGCGACUACGAGGUCAUUGAAUCCAAGUUGAGGAACGAGCCAAACUUACUGCUUCUCAAGCUGAACGAUGACUGCUACUACGUGCAGUCCAGCACAUACCUGCCUAGAGAAGUGAUCAAAGAUUUAAAAACCUAUCACCUGAAUAAAAGCGCAAGAAGCUACCUCCAUGAGGAGCCCACCUGCACCUUUGAUCAGAUCAUGAAGCUGAAUAACUUGACUGUUUGCUUAGUGGAUUUGCUUUCCUCUAAAAAAGUUCUCACAGAUAAAAUUGAGUCACUAUUGAGAAACUCUUGCCCUCCGAAGAGUAAUCCAGUGGCCAUCAAUUGUCUAAAAACGCUUAUUGAUAAUCAAAAACUAAGCAAUAAGCUUCUCAAACAGCAGAUUUAUCGUCUUACUGACAUUCAGCGCGCAAAACAAUGUGAAACACGCCAUGCAUUACUGAAAGAGUAUAAGCGCGAAGAUUAUGCUCAUUAUUCACUGGAUCUGGAAUCCAUAAGCUCGCAAAUAUCGAAAGAAAAGUCCAGAAUAGCCAAUACACUCUUGACAAUCUUCCCUAUAACAAUAUCUGAUAGCUUGGAGUUCUCGCUUUUUGGGUACAGACUCCCCCAAAGCUUGAAUUAUCUGAAGAUGACUCGCAUAGAAAUGGAGAAAACCAAUGCACUACUUGGUAUAGUGGUAUUUCUAGUGAUCAAACUGUCCAACUAUUUGGACGUGCCUUUGAGAUAUCCACUUAAAUUUCUUGGCUCUAAUUCUUAUAUUACGGACCCAGUCUCCAAAAUGCAAACCAAGCUCCGCGUUUACCCUCUAUUUGUUGUUCAAAAUAGUAAUCUGGCCAUCCGGUUUGAAUUUGGAUUAUCCCUACUAUUGAAGAAUUUACAGCAAGUGUUCGAAUCAGAAAAUCUUUCCAAGCUCGACGACCACGACUUACUUGCUAACUUGAAGGUAUUGUUGACAUGUAUAGCGACAGAUGAUGGAUUGGAACUCAAUGAUUAUCUUGUAACAAAAGACAAAGUCAAUACUAUCAAGCUCAAUCUGUUGAAAAAAUGA